GCGGAAGCUGGCGAAAUUGCGCAGGUUACUAGGUAAGUAGAAGGAUUUCGUGAAAAAGUGGAAUAAUCAUGUUUUAGGUUGGCAGUGGGUGUGAAAAAUCGAUGUUGGCAGCCGGCGGUAAAUUCAAAUGAAACGGUGCACUGCACACCCCGCACUGGCCCCAAUUAAUAACAAUCAAUGAUGUUGGAGUUCUGUCGCUCUCGCUGCCGUUGUUGUUGUUUAUGUUGUUGUAAUUGGCACUAGAGAUGAUCUCAUUUCGAAAGCCGCAGGCCCGGUCUCGACGAGCACAAUUCCAUCAUCAGAGCGCGCAUUUCGGCCGAGAAAGUGAGCCGUCGCAGCGCGUUCCCACCUCGCUCGCGUUCGAUAAAUCCGUGUUUUCUAUUUCAUAUUUCGUUCGCGAUUUUCAUUUAGCCAUACAGUAAAACACUGUGUAUAUAUAUACAUAUUUGUGUAGUUUUGGAUCGUGUUUGAACUAUUGUUUGGUUGCCAUCGUCAUAGUCGUCGAUGCGAGUUUGCGUAGCUGUUUUAUCGAGUGGUGGACGAGCGUCAUGCCCGGGGUCCGCCGCCGCCGCUAAACAAAUUUAUUGAUUCCAAUGUUUUGGUUACGGAAGUGCUACUACCAGUACCACCUUCGGCGUGUCGACAGAGUCGAUUGAUCAGUGUCUUUGGCUACAAGAUUUCAGUGCUACGGACUGCAGCAUGGAUGGUUCUCGCGGAAGAAGAUGGAUCAUCUGGAUGGGCUGAAGCAGGAGAAGAGCAGCGGCAUCAGCAGCAGUGACUAUUUGGAGACGGUUCGCGCACUGCACCAGACUGUGGUUUCGUUGCGUGGAGCUCUGGAGGAGAGCCGAGAAGAAAUAUCUAAGUUGAAAGCAUGGCCCUUAGAAGACCUACAAUCAGCAAUUAGUGCGCUCAGCAUCGAAAACCAUCUGCUCAGGCAGAAAAUCAUCGAUCGUGACAACAAUAACAAAGCGCAUCGCAAUGAUGGUCUGGAGAAGAGGCUGAGGAAUGUUGCCCGCUCUCUAGAGAAUCUUUCUACGACUAAAGCACAGGAGCAGCCCGCUACAACUCAGAAAUUAUGUAAGAAGGUGUCCGUAUCGCUGAACCUAGAGAUCUACAAGAAGAUGGAGCGCGACGGAGAGGCACCCCCGCCGAAGAAGACUGCAGUGUUGCAGCACUCACCCAGCACGGAUAUGCUGGACCAAGAGGUGGAUGACAUCGAGCUGAUUUUCACCAAUGAGGAUACCAAGGAGUCAAAUCUGAAGGAACCGCUCAUUUCGAUCGAGCCCAACCACUGUCAGCACUCCGAAUUCGAUCAGAACCUCUCCGCGGACAUCUCCGAUCGCGAGUUGGAGGAUGACGUCUUCAAUGACAAUUUUGAAAACGAGAACCAGGAGAACACGAACUUCCAGAGCCAAACGCUCGAUUCCAUUUACAACUCCAAGUCAGACAACUCGAUCAAUCGAGACGAGAGCCAUGGAGGGAAGAGUCUCAAGAGUUGUUACUCGUACCAAGACUCCAGCUUCGAGAACAAGAGUCUCGAGAAGGACGAGAGCUUCGACCGUUUCGAGGAACGGGUUCGCAUCGUCGAGACGGACAUGAGCAAGGUCGGCAUUCAGGACCCUCUCGAAAUUCCCAUGGGCAGACGAAACACGUGCCCCAAUCCCAUACAGUACAGGCCUAUUAUACACAGAGAGGCUAUCGGAAAGGGUCUAGGUGGAAGAAAGGCUCGUCCGAUUUUAGCCCAUUCGAAUGCGAUCCGUAAGGAGUCUGGUGCCCAAACGGAAAUAUCCGCACUUCCGGGGAAUUCCUCCUGGAGAUCCGAAAGCAGCCUGGCCAAUAAGGCGAAGCUCGGCGAGAACUUCACGACCUUACCCUCGAAAUACCCGAUGCCGGGAUCGAGGUUGAGACUGUCGGAGAAGACCGUCGAGGCCCGCAGGAUUCUGCUGUCCGAUAUUGGAUUCACAAGCAUGGUACCAGAACUCUCCAGGUCUGCAGACCAUCUCUGUCCACCGCACAUGAAGACGUCAACGGUUUCCAGUUACGGACAAUUCCUGAAGACCACCGACCUGUACUCUCCAGGUUUCACUUCGCAGAAGUUCGUGUUUACGUCGCCGUCGGAAAGUCACUCGCAGUCCAGAUACUCCAGUUUGUAUCCGCUGCCGAGUCCACCAGCACCCUCCAGGCGAUGUUCAGCUCCAGUUUCGCCAAGUCGCAGGAACAUUAUACGACAUGUACCUUCAAAGGUGCGCUUCGCCAAUGGCUCUUUGCCAGAGCUUCGAGGCGAUUGGAACUCGACCAUGGAUAGCGGCGAUUCCACGGAUAGUCUGGUCGAGGAAGCCGAGCAUUAUCUGCGGAGAUCGAUUGACUGCAUUGUGAGCGGAAGAGAUGCUGCCUACUAUAGCACUCCAAAGACGAGCAUGCGAAGGGCUUCGGCGCCGGAACCCUCCAGGGACAAUGUUCCUCCGCAAGGCUGGCAACCAUUCCUUCCGAGGUUGCCCAGGGACCUGAGGUUAGAUUAUUGGGUCAAGGUGAUAACUCCCGAAGGUCGCGUUCGGGGAGGAAGGGUCAGGUACAUCGGUCAUCUCCUAUCCCACAGCGAGCAAUUCGUCGGUGUCCAACUCAGCUCUCCUGAAGGCCAUUCCGAUGGUACAUACAACAAUAGAAGAUACUUUCAAUGCGAACCCUACCAUGGUUUAUUCGUGCCAUUCAAGAAGGUAAUCAUGGGCUGGAAGCCCUGAGAUCAACAUGAACAUCAACGGUUUGUCCAUGAUUUCGAAAUUUGCCAAAAUUAGUAGAGCUAUAAAACCAUAUAUAAAUAUGUGUAUAUAUUUAGCUUAUAUUUGCCAACGUUUUGAAGACGAAAACAGUAAUUGUUAUAAUGGAUCAUGAGCAAACCUCAAUUUCGCGCAUUUAGGAAUUCCAAACGAAAUUCCGUUUCAAGUAGAUUAAUUUAAUGUGAUUUAUUAUUAAUUAGAAAAUAUGUAUGAUUAUACGAUCCACAAGAACCUUAAAUUUCAUACCCCAAACAUGAAAAUCAAAUUACUUCUGAUGAGGAUUUUAACACUCAUCUAAAAUGGUUAAAAACGUUUAGUGGAUUAUAAUGUUAUAAUAGAUAAACAAGUUCACCUACUAAUACUCUUUAAGUUUAAAUGAGAUCGAUGAAGAAGAAAAAUAUUUAUUUUUCGAAAAUUACAAAAAAAAAUAUAUAUAUUUCGAAAAUUCAACUUCGUCGUGCACAGGCGAAGGUUUUAUAAAAGUUGGUUUAUUUUUUAUAAAAUACACAGGAAGGAAAAAAAUCUUGAGUAACAUAUAUUGAUGAUCAGAUGAAAUGAACUUGUUUUUACGGAAUAAUGGAUGAAUGGAAAUGGCACUCUGUCUUCUGCGUACUUUGGCAUGAAAUUGAGGUCCAAUCGACUGAUAAAUGGUUUGCAUAUAAUGAAUAUUAUUGGCAUGACAUUUAAACAUCGGCGAAUUGCGUCAUGAAGGGAUCGAUUGAAAUACACGUUUCACAUUCAUCCAUUGUUUCACUGUUAUAUGAAGAUGAACUGUGUACCUAUAUGUAAUAUAAACUAUAUAAGUAAUUAAAAUUAUAAUAUAUUAUAUGACCAAAUAAUGGCAAAGAUAUUUAUGGAAACAGGGAAGAAAGAGGGUACUGAAAAUUACUGAAGCUUAUAUUUUGUGCGAGAUCGGAACUUUCCCUCAGACUAAGAAACUAUUACCGAUGGAGUAUGUACUUGUAAGGAAAUAAAAGUCUAAAGGAUAAUAAUAAUAUAACAUUAAUAAAAAUACAUAUCUUCAAGCCUUAAUUCUCUUACCGGAUAUAAAAAAAGAUGGGUUAUUUUCUUGAAACAUUUACUCUAGAUGCGUCGGCUGCCUAUAAAUGCCAAGAUAAAAGACGAUCGAUCGAGAUGAUUUGAUGGUGUUCACGAACUUUUGACCGAUCGGAAUAAAACAAAAAUAAAAUACUCGUUCUUUUAUGUUAUAUAAAAGGUAUUGUAUUUCACUAAACACAUAACGCCUCACAACAAAGAAAUAAUUACUAAAAUAAUACAUAAUAUGCAGCGCAAAAAAUAUAUAAAUCUUC